AUGUCUCUCACAGCAUGGCUUGCUUGUCUCAUUCUCGCCUACCUUCUUUACCAGGUGUGGAAACAUUGGCAACAGCUGACAACCUCUCCACUCCACACUCUGACACGUCUCCUUCACAAACUAUUCCUUUUCAAAGAGCAAUACUUGUUCUCAAGCAAACACCUGUAUGGCACUCACUGCUCUCCUCAAGCUCGAGCUCUCUUUUCCAUGGUCUCUCCCUUUGCCAUCAAUGAUUCCGAUCUUUCUCGUCUACCCGAACGCUCUGACUUUAUUCACAUGAGAAAAUAUUUGAAUUUCAUGAUGCGUUCCGUACUCUCUCAAUAUGACUAUGAACGAUCGCUGACGUUAUGUACCAUUCAACAACAACAACAACAACAAGGCAAAUCUGUUGCUGUCGCACCACCUAAGGAAAAUGCAAAUUUACAUUCCACUCCUCCUCUUCAAAUCAAGACCUUUUCUCGACGACCCAAUUUAAAAUCCUUAUGGAUUUAUCAUUCGGAUGAAAAUGAACCUUCCAAACCAGUAUCAUCAACACCCCGAAAAACACUCCUCUAUUUCCACGGAGGUGGUUAUUACUUUGGUUCUCCCGAAAGUUAUGCUGGUUUUUUCAUUCCCUUCGCUCGUCGUUAUGGCAUUAAUGUCUAUAUGGCUGAUUAUGUGUUGGCACCGGAUCACUCGUUCCGAGAAAUCUUCCCGGAUGCCAUGGCUGAAUUGAUCUUUGCCUUUAGAGAAUUACAGUUGCAACCUCAACAUGUGUGUUUGGGAGGAGAUUCUGCUGGAGGAAAUUUAAUUUUGAAUUUAAUGAAACAACUUUCAAAUCAUUCCAACCAUAGUAGUAGUAGCAAUAGCAGCAGUAGUAGCAGCAGCAAUAACAAUAGGAUUCCAUAUUCUCAAUUGGACAAAUUUUUAAUUCUCUCUCCUUGGUGUGAUUUGGAAAUGACGCAUGAGAGUGUGUUUGAAAAAUUGAAUCGAAAUGAAAUGAUGCUUUCUCGAAAUUUAUUAUUGAGCUGUCGAGAAGGAAAGGUGCCAUUCGAGAGUGAUCCAUCCGAGUUCUCAGUGUUGAAAUUUUCAAAACGUGAAUUGAAGGAAAUGAUUAGAAAUAAGAAAAUUUUCUUGAAUUAUGGAGAUCGAGAACGAUUGAGAGAGGAAAUUAUGAAAUUUUCGGAAAUGUUGAAAGAAUUGAAAAUUGAAAUUGAAGAACAGGAAAAUUCAGGAAGUGUGCAAUAUAUUGAAUUGGUGGGUCGUGACAUGUGUCAUGAUUAUCCGUUUUUGUUUAAUUAUGACUUACCAGAGGCAUGGGAAGCUUUGGAUCGAUUUGCAGAAUUUGUGAAAUCUGAAUAA